GCGAGAAAUGGCUCUACGGAUGUUGGUUUUAUCGGCCAAAUGAAACGUUUCAUCUUGCAACACGAAAAUUCUUGGAGAAAGAAGUUUUUAAAAGUGAUUAUUACAAUAAAGUUCCUGUUAGCAAAAUUUUAGGCAAAUGUGUGGUCAUGUUUGUUAAGGAGUAUUUUAAGUUGUGUCCUGAAAACUUCAGAGAUGAGGAUGUCUAUGUCUGCGAGUCACGUUACUCUGCAAAGACAAAAUCUUUUAAAAAGAUUAAACUGUGGACUAUGCCUGUGAGCUCUGUAAGGUUUGUCCCACGAGAUGUGCCCCUGCCUGUGGUCCGUGUUGCUUCUGUGUUUGCUAAUACAGACAAAGUAGAUGAGGAGAAACACGCUGAAACAUUGGAGGACAGUAAGGUGGGAGAAAGUGUCCUUCAUCUUGAAAAGGACAAAGAAGAUGUUCCAGUAGAAAUGUCCAAUGGAGAACCUGGUUGCCAUUACUUCGAACAGCUUUGCUACAAUGAUAUGUGGCUUAAGGUUGGCGACUGUGUCUUCAUAAAAUCACAUGGGUUAGUGCGACCUCGAGUAGGAAGAAUUGAAAAGAUGUGGGUGCGUGAUGGAGCUGCAUAUUUCUUUGGUCCAAUCUUUAUACAUCCUGAAGAAACUGAACAUGAACCAACUAAAAUGUUCUACAAGAAAGAAGUGUUUUUGAGUAACUUGGAGGAGACCUGUCCGAUGACUUGUAUUUUGGGAAAGUGUGUAGUUCUGUCGUUCAAAGACUUCCUCUCCUGCAGACCAACAGAAAUCUCUGAAAACGAUGUGUUCCUUUGUGAGAGCCGCUACAAUGAAAGCGACAAGCAAAUGAAGAAAUUUAAAGGGCUGAAGAGGUUUUCACUCUCUGCAAAAGUUGUAGACGAUGAAAUAUAUUAUUUUAGAAAACCCAUAGUUCCUCAGAAGGAACCAUCUCCUCUGCUGGAAAAGAAGAUUCAGCAGCUAGAAGCAAAAUUUGCUGAGUUAGAAGGAGGCGAUGAGGACAUGGAAGAGAUGGGAGAAGAGGAAGGUGAUAUGACAGAAACACCUUCUAUGCCUCAACUUCAGGCCCCGUUAACUAGUGAAUUGGAUAUAAUGCCUUAUACUCCACCACAGUCCACUCCCAAGUCUGUUAAGGGCAGCACCAAGAAGGAGGGAUCAAAAAGGAAGAUCAACAUGAGUGGGUACAUCUUAUUUAGCAGCGAGAUGAGAGCUGUGAUUAAAGCUCAGCACCCAGAUUAUUCUUUUGGAGAGCUCAGCAGGCUUGUAGGAACUGAGUGGAGAAACUUGGAAGCAACAAAGAAAGCAGAAUAUGAAG